AUGAACCAGUCAACCAUUCUAGAGCGCCUGUCCGCCCUUGACACAAACACUAUAUCCGAUGCCCUCGACUUCCUUCAUCUCAAGGGCGCCACCUACGGACUGAGACCGCUAUGGGACUGCCCCAAAAUCGUUGGCCGGGCAAGCACCAUUAAAGUCGGCGUUAAACAGGAGGAUUCUGCUCCAACCACCCAUCUCAUCACCCCCGUCAUAGACGCUAUAACGACGGACGACCGGAUUCUGGUCAUUGCAGGUGGGAGUGAGGGAAUCUCCUGCUGGGGCGACAUCAUCGCCAAUGCGUCGCAAAUGAAGAAUAUCAGGGGGACUGUUAUUGAUGGCGUGAGCCGUGACAUCGACGGUAGUCGCGAUAUUGGAUAUCCGGUCUACGGCCUGGGAGUGACCAUGAUUAGCGCGCGCAACAGACUCGUCCAGCUGGAGUCUGGAACGCUGCUGCAGGUGCGAGGCGUGACCGUUAAUCAGGACGACUACGUGAUAGCCGAUCGAUGUGGGACUGUCUUCGUCCCGGCCGAGCGUAUCGAGGAGGUUGUGGAACUGGCGGAGCGGAUUAACUGUCGUCAAGCGCUGAUGGUAAAGGAUGUUCGAUCCGGCAAGCCUGUAUCUGAAGUUAUGCACGAUACUAAGUUCGAGGCCAUUCACAGUCAGAAACCAUCGACAGAAACCGCAGGACCAACGCCUAGAAAUCCCAGACAAGCAUCUGCCGAAGAUAAAGAGUUGUCUGCACUAUUCGCCGGCUCAGACACACCUGCUGUCUCUGACGCGCUGGAUAAGCUCGGCAUCGCCGGACAAGCCUUCAAUAUCAUGCCCUUGGCCAACUACAGUAGUGUGACUGUCGGACCGGCCUUCACAGUGCGCUAUGUCCCGGCCAGCAAUCCCCCAGGCAGUGUCGGUGAUUUCAUCGAUGAUGUCGCAGUGAGAGAUGUCGUAGUCAUCGAUAACGGCGGCCGCACCGACUGUACAGUAUGGGGCGAUAUCAUGACCCAAUAUGCCGGACUACGCGGUAUUGCAGGGACCGUCAUCGACGGGGUAUGUCGCGACGUGAACCGCGCAAUCAAGGAUCAAUACCCAAUUUUCAGCGCCGGCCGAUGGAUGCGAACUGGUAAAGAUCGAGUUCAAGUCGGGGGUGUCAAUGAAUCAGUUGGUAUUGGGAAGGUCCAUGUUCAGCCGCGCGAUAUCGUCGUUGCUGAUGCCAAUGGAGUGGUGAUUGUUCCUAGGGGACGAGCACGCGAGGUUGCAGAGGUUGCAGCAGCAGUUGAGAAGAGUGAAGAGAAUAUCAGAGAAUUAAUCGCCGGUGGUGCGUCGAUUGCUGAAGCGAGAGAGAAGCUUGGUUAUCACACUCUGCAGCGCAAGGCUUAG